AACACCAUACUAAGAAACUCUAACAAUGGCUUCCUAUAAUCAUCUCUCCUUUUGUUAUGUCGCCCUCGUUCUUGUACUUUUCUCUUUUAUCAGUCCUUCCAUGACAUCAGGCCGGAAGCUCUCGGCUCUGGUCCAACCACAAAACCCGGUUCUCAAGUAUCACAGAGGUCCACUCCUCAACGGCAAUGUCACCGUUAAUAUCAUCUGGUACGGCAAGUUCUCCACCAGUCAACGCUCUGUGUUGGUUGACUUUCUUCACUCCCUUACCUCUCUUUCGACACCGGCGCCGCCACACUCAGUGUCGUCGUGGUGGAAAACUACUGGCGGGUACAGAGGGGGUCCCAGGUCUCUCGUCGUAGGGAACCAAAUCCUCGACAAGAGCUGCUCUCUCGGGAAGUCGCUCACGACCCGAAAGCUCAUUGCACUGGCGGCCAAAGCCAGCGGAGUUAAAAAGUAUAGUAAUCGUAACGCCGUUAACGUUGUGAUGACGGCGUCUGACGUGGCAGUUGACGGGUUUUGCAUGAGCCGGUGCGGCACCCACGGGUCAACGCGGGGCGAGAAGAAGGGAAUGAGGUUAGUAUACGGGUGGGUCGGGAACCCGAUGACUCAGUGCCCGGGUCAGUGCGCGUGGCCGUUUCACCAGCCGAUCUACGGCCCCCAGAAUCCGCCGUUAGUUUCUCCGAACGGCGACGUUGGGGUUGACGGAAUGGUUAUGAAUUUGGCCACGGUUUUGGCGGGAACGGUGACGAACCCCUUUGAUAAUGGGUACUUCCAGGGAUCCGUAGACGCGCCAUUGGAGGCGGUGAGCGCGUGUACUGGGAUAUUCGGUGAGGGAGCUUAUCCGGGUUACCCGGGGAAAGUUCGGGUUGACAAAGUGACCGGAGCUAGCUAUAACACGAUUGGUGUAAAUAGACGAAAGUAUCUUGUCCCGGCAAUGUGGGACCCAAGAACAUCCACGUGUAAAGCUCCGGCGUAGGCUUCACUCUUUACUUGCUUCCAUGUGUGAAUUGUUGUACACGUGUACAUGUUUGUGAUUUGAGUUAAUAAAUUUUUGUGAAAAAAAAGUAUAAUAUUUGAUGCCCAUGAAUCAUCAGAGAUGGGAUUUGGCUUAUCAUUUAAUGCCUUUUGGUUUUGAUAUUGCUCAAAUACUCAUUUUGGUGAUUUGCCAUUAAAAUAUAUAUAUAUAUAUAUAUAUAUAUUAGCUUGGAAGAUCUGUUCUCUUAUCUGAAACUGUAAGAUUAGCAAGAGAAUUUAACUGAAGAUGUUAGCAUUGGAAUACUGGUUCCAUGUCACAUCAAAAAGUGCAAUUCUUUACUAAUAGGUUUCCAUUAUGAAGAGUUUGAGUUUGAGGAGAUUUAGAUAUGAGAAGGUGUGCCCCAGAAUUGCUUUUCAACAUGCUCUGAAUUAAGGUUUGGUAUAUUGUUGCUA